AUGGAUAAUCCUUUGUUGACACAUGAUGGCGUUGCUGGUGCUGGUAUAUUUGCUUUAGGAAGUGUUGGUUGGAAAUUAGAAGGAUAUUUUCUCGGUUUUGAAAGACACUGUCAAAGCUGGAGUAGGUGGGGCAGAAAAGUUGGGGGUCAAUGCGCGGAUGGAGAGGGAAAAAAUUUCUCAGUCACUCAGUUUAGAGAUGAGGUGACAAAUCAGAUCUGGAACAAAGUGGCGGCUGAAGGUUUUAGAUGCAACAUAUGGGUUCCAAAAAAGGUCAUUUUCUUUAUCUGGAAGCUCGUGCAGGGCUGCAUCGCUGAAAAAAUUGCGCUUCUGCAGCGUGGGAUUUCUAUUAUGUUAAUGAGAGUUUUGCCUAUUGAGGAGAGACUUGGAACUUUGGAAGUGAUGGGUUCAAAAGCAUCUCAACUCAUAUUAGAGAUAUUACAUCCAGUUAGGAAGCAGGUAAGUCAUCCAAUGUUUUUUCAAAACCCUACAUACAGCCUUCAUCUGUAUUUUCCCUCAUCUCCAUCCUCUAUUCUGGUUUAAGCCAUUCGAACGAUUCAACAUCAGGUAUGAUCAAUCUUCCUAAUUCCGGAUCUUCUUUCAAUUCAAUUCAUUCUUUCUAAUAGUUCUCUACUUUGUUGUUGUGGUGCGUUUCUUGGUUCCGAUUUGGUGGCCACGGUGAUUGGAACUGAUGGUGGUAGUGGUCGCCUAAAAAAUCGGAUACGAUGCCAUGGUGGUUGCACACCACCGUAUCAUCGCCACUUCUUCGAUGUGAACUAUCGGAUAUGAUGUUAUCUUAGAAGCCGUAGCGACUUCAAGUUUGUUAAAGCUUGGUGUUCUGUUACAAAAAAAACCCCUAAUUUCUUCCUAC